UACCCAGUAACUUAUCUUAUCGCCUCCCGCUUAUCGGGGAACCUGCCCGCUGCCCGCUGCCCGCUGCCCGCUUGCCUCCGAAAAAUAAAUUCCGCUUCCCCUUCCCCGCGCAUACGCCGCGCCCUCCGAUUGACACCGGCCUUUCUUUUUUACUUGUCCUAUAACUUACCCUCCCCUCAACCGAGCACUUAACCAACUAUAUACCUGCCCCUCCCCAUCCCCAUCCUCAUCCUCAUCCUCAUCCUCAAUCCAGUUCCUUCCCUCCAAACCAAUCUCCACAAGCAAAGCACCCAAAAGAAAAAAGAAAAAAAUGCCCGCCCUCCUCGAAGACCCCCUCACCACCCUCCCCGCGCCGACGGCCGCGCAAACCGCCGCACCCACCCUAAACCCCAAAAAGGCCGUCCUCAAAGACAGCACCACGCCGGUCACCCUGUACCCCAUCGCGGGGGGGCCGUCCACCGUCCCCGAUUCGCUAAUAGCGUACCUGCACCGCGAGUUCAGCGCCGAGAUCGUCCGCGGCAGCACGUACCCGAUGGAGGAGCCGAUGACGCUGGAGCAGUACCGGACUUAUUGGUUUGGGACGUUUGCGGUGAUUGCUUUGGUUGAUGAUGAUGCCGACAGUCAAGGCGACGGGGAAGGGCGGGGCCUGGGCCUGGUGGAGGGCCGGGAUUGGGAGCGCGUGUGCUUGGGGACGUUUUACGUGAAGCCGAAUUAUCCGGGUCGGUGCUCGCAUGUCUGCAACGCUGGGUUCUUUACGACUCCGGCGGCUCGAGGGCGCGGCGUGGGCAUGGUGAUGGGCCGGACUUAUUUGGAGGUUGCGCCGGUGUUAGGCUACAAAUACUCCGUCUUCAACCUCGUCUUCGCCAACAACACCGCCUCCAUCAAGAUCUGGGAGAAGCUGGGCUUCCAGGUCAUCGGCCGCGUGCCCCGCGCCGCGCGCCUGGCUAACAGCGCGGAAUUGGUCGAUGCGUUGAUCAUUGGCCGGGAUCUGGUCUAAAGCACUUCUCCGACUCGCUGCACAUAUACCCCAACCCCACUGGGCAACACGGGAAGCAACAUGUAAAUAUCCUUGUUCCACUUGGCCUGUGAU